GAAGAGGACUUGUGAAACGGAUAGAUUUCUCCCAUGUGUCUGCUCUGCGUUGGAGAGUUUAAAAAGCUUUCCGCUUUUUACAGUGUUGCACUUUGAGUUUCUUCCUUGCUUCAGCAGAGCUGCGGCUCCUCGUCUCGCAUGGACAUGUGGUACAUGUGGUUCACUUUCCUGGCUGGCCUGUGUGCUCUGCCCGCGGUCCUCAGGACACUGUGUCCCUAUUUUGUGCAGGACUGCGCCUACAUGCUGCACGUUUUGCGCUGCGGUGCGCGCCUGGAGCUCUACAAGAGGAGAACUCGCUUCUACAGCAUUCUCGACUGCUUCCUGGAUGCCGUGAGGAAACACCCACACAAGCCCUUCAUCCACUUCAUGGGAGAGACGCACUCGUACUCAGAAGUGGACCGGGAGAGUAAUAAAGUCGCUCAUGCUCUGCAGAAGGUGGCUGGACUGAAGGAGGGUGACAUUGUGGCCCUGCUGAUAGGUAAUGAGCCUUGCUUCAUUUGGACCUGGCUCGGGCUGGCGAAACUCGGCUGCGCUACUGCACUGCUCAACUUUAACAUCAGGUCCAAAUCCCUGCUGCACUGCUUCUCCUGCUGCGGGGCAAACGUGCUCCUAGUCACCCCAGAGCUCUGCGGUGCCGUUGAAGAAAUCCUGCCCGCUUUAAAAGAGCAGAGCAUCAGGGUGUAUGUGCUCUCUGAUGCAUGCAGCACAGAUGGCAUUGAGGGCAUCUCUCAGGCCAUCGCACAGGCCCCCGAUGAAGCGCUUUCUCCAUCCCUCAGGGCUAAUGUUAAAUGCCGCAGCACAGCACUGUACAUCUACACAUCUGGAACCACCGGUCUGCCUAAAGCAGCCACAGUGACUCACGAGAGAGUCUGGGCUGCUUCAUUCAUUCAGAGGGUUUCUGGAGUCACGUCUGAAGACGUGUUUUACCUCAACCUUCCUCUGUACCACAGCGCCGGCUUUCUUAUAGGAUUCACCGGCUGUAUCGAGAGAGGGAAUACGUUUGUUCUGCGGAGGAAAUUUUCAGCCUCUCAGUUCUGGGACGACUGCAGGAAGUAUAAUGUUGCAGUGAUGCAGUACAUUGGGGAAACAAUGCGUUACCUCUGCAAUACACCAAAGAGAGCUGAUGACCGAGACCACAAAGUGAAGAUUGCUAUAGGUAACGGUGUCCGGCCCGAUGUGUGGAAGGAGUUUUUGAAUCGCUUUGGCAACAUUUACGUGAGGGAGCUCUACGCUGCCACAGAAGGAAACAUCGGGUUUAUUAACUACACCACAAAGGUUGGAGUGGUUGGCCGGGUUAACCACCUCCACAAGAAAAUCUUCCCCUACGCCCUGAUCAAGUUCGACAUUGGGAAAGAGGAGCCUGUGAGGAACGCAGAUGGACUUUGUGUGCCAGCAGCUCGAGGUGAGCCUGGGCUCCUGGUUGGGAAAAUCACCACCAAAUCUCCGUUUGUUGGCUACGCUGGAAACAAGCUGCAGACGGAAAAGAAACGACUCAGAGACGUGUUUGUUAAAGGCGAUCUCUAUUUCAACAGCGGCGACUUGCUGAGAAUCGACAAUGAAAACUUUGUCUACUUUCAGGAUCGAGUUGGAGACACUUUUAGAUGGAAAGGUGAAAACGUCGCCACAACCGAAGUAGCAGAUAUUCUCAGUAUGGUGGACUGCAUUGAGGAAGCGAACGUCUACGGCGUAUCGGUCAAAGGGCACGAGGGCAGGAUUGGAAUGGCGGCUGUGGUUUUAAAAGAAGGGAAGGCGUUUGACGGCGUUGACGCAUGUAGACUUGUAACGAACUACCUCCCGGUUUACGGCAGACCCCGUUUCAUUCGCAUUCAGAGUUCUUUGGAACUCACAGGAACUUUCAAGAUGAAAAAGGUGAAGCUGGUGGAGGAGGGCUUUGAUCCAGCGCUCAUCCCUGACCCGCUCUACUUCCUUGAUCUAGUUGAAAAGAAAUACAUCACCCUCACUAAGGAAAUGUACAAUUUAAUGAUUGCAGGAGACAUUAAACUAUGAGUGUGGAAAUGUAAAGAAAAGACAAAAGUAUUCUAUUAAAAAUGAAGUGGUUUUGUGUGUAGACUAAUCUCAGGGAGGAUCCUGGCUUCAUCUUUGUCAGUUUUUAAAUAUCCAAAUGAGCUAACAAACCAUUAUGCUGUGACGACGAUCGAUGAAAUGUAACGUGUUUUAAUGAUUGUUUGAAUAAUGUACAUUCUGUUUUAUAAGUAACAAAUACACUUUUCCAUCACA